AUGCGCCCAGUCAAGGAUCCCGCUCCAGCCCUGAGCCCGGUGACGGUAAGCCUCCAAGAUCUCCGCACAGGCAGAAUCCCCUUUCCAACCCUCGUCUCAGCGUUCGGUCCAACCUCCCUCGGCAUCCUCCUCGUCCGCGACCUGCCCCCACAAUUCCCUACCCUCCGCACCCGCGUUCUAUCCAACGCCUCACACCUCGCACACCUCUCCGCCCGAAAGCUAGAACGCCUCACGAAUGCGCAAGCGAAGUAUUUAGUCGGCUGGUCGCAUGGCAAAGAGACGCUGAGACCUGGGGUCGUGGAUCAGGGGAAGGGAAGUUACUAUGUAAACUGUGGGUUCUAUCAGGAUAAAAACAGAAACACAACUACAGAAGCCGAACCGUCACCUGUAUCGGGAAAACAUGAUGACGAAGAGAAGCAAUGGGAAGGAUUUGAGGAGUACACAGCCCCGAAUAUUUGGCCGGACGAGGAGGACAUCGCUGGAUUUCGGGAAAGCGCCGAGGAAUUAAUCAGAUUGAUCAUUGAUGUUGCGGUUCUGGUUGCACAGGCUUGUGACCGGUAUGCUAUUAAAGCUGUUGAGGGGUAUGAGGACGGGUAUUUGGAGAGAGUGGUGAAGACGAGCACGACUACAAAGGCGAGGCUGUUGCAUUAUUUCCCCGCCCAGGAGAAAGAAGGGGUUGGCACGAACGGAGAUGUCGAGUGUUCAAGUUGUGAUGAUAACAGCAAUCGAAAGGACGUGGACGAAGACGACUGGUGCGCCACCCAUCUCGACCACGGCUGUCUCACCGGCCUCACCUCCGCCAUGUUUGUCGACGAAUCAACCAGACCCUUGAACAAUCCAGAUCCAAGCAAACCCAUCGACGAGCUACCAGGAUCCCCAGACCCAUCCUCAGGACUGUAUAUCCGCUCCCGAGGAGGCCAGACCGUCAAAAUCAACAUACCUCGCGACUGCCUAGCUUUCCAAACCGGCGAGGCAUUGGAGCUGAUCACCCGGGGCAAAUUCAAGGCUGUGCCGCAUUUCGUCAGGGGAGUCUCGGCUGAUGCGGCUGGGAGCAUAGCGAGGAAUACAAUGGCCGUGUUUACACAGCCGAACCUGGGGGAGUUGGUUGAUCGUGAGAGGGGAAUUACUUUUGGCGAGUUUGCUAGAGGGGUGGUGAGUAAGAAUACUGCGUGA